UAAUAAAUAACGUGCUGUUUUGUUAUUGUAUUUGGAUUACAUAGUUUAUAUUUCAUAAUUCGUUGCAACUAAACUAUAAUGAAUAUUGGUUUUAAAGUACUUGUAAAUAAUUUUAAACUAACUGUCAGCCGAGAAAUACGGAGGACCACGAGUAAAAUAGCUGUAGAAAUUGAUGAAAAUGUUCGGAACCAAAUCGAAUCUGAGUUGAUUCACCCGAGGAGGCACCCUGGAAUUCUUACAUGUAAACGAGUUGAAUUGCCGGCUCGUUUGCAUAGUUCAUUAGAAAAAGUUAUUGGCGAUUAUCCUUUAAAAACCAUAAGUGAUGAUUGUAAGAAAUUAAAUCACUUUUUGGCAUCCAGACAUCCGCCGGCAGAGAUAGAUGAAGUUAAAGACAGAGUGAAAAAUAUUAUGGAAGAGCUUGAUGUUCUGAUGCCACCUAGCGAUUGUCUUACCAUGAAUGAAGAUGAGAAAAGAAAGUGGCAAAAUCGCAAAGAACAACUUUUGAAAAGAAGAAUGAAAGAACGCACAUUUUCGUGGAAACCUGUCAAAUAUGGUCGCUAUGAAGCUAUAGUUUAUGCUUUGGGUAGGGGGCCCUUAGAAUUUGCGGUGUUAACUAAAAUAUUGCAAGAAGUUGCGGAACGUGAUAAAGAUUUUAAACCUCAGAGUUAUCUUGAUUUUGGAUCUGGGGUUGGUUCGGGAAUGUGGGCAGUUAGUAACUUAUGGAAGGAUUCAAUUUACGAGUAUUAUAAUGUUGACAGCUCUCGCGAUAUGAACGAAUUAUCAGAACUAAUUUUGAGGGGCGGCAACGAAAAUCAGCAAAUUACUUUAAAAAAUGUAUUCUACCGUCAAUUUUUACCAUCACUUGAGACAAAAUAUGAUUUGAUAGUUUCAUCAUAUUCUCUAUUCGAAUUGGCGAACUCGCAGAUUCGUAGAGACGUUAUAUUAAAUUUGUGGAAAAAAUGUGAUGGUUACUUAGUUAUCGUUGAAGAAGGGUCUAGGCGUGGGAGUCAAUUAGUAAACGAAGCAAGAGAUUUAAUACUCUCUCAAGAAGAGCAUAGCCUAGUUGGAUACGUAUUUGCUCCGUGUCCUCAUGAUAUGACAUGUCCGCGUUUAUCUAAUGCUUCAGAUAAAACGCCAUGUAACUUUCAAGUAAAUUACACCCCGAUAAAAUUAGGUGGUAACGUACCCAAAGACCCCACUGCAAGAUAUAGUUAUGUUGUUCUUAAAAAGGGUGUAACAAGUGAUAUUUCGAGAUCUUGGCCGCGAAUCGUAAGGCCGACAUUGGUUCGCUCAAAGCAUUCAAUAUGCCGAAUGUGUACAUCGGAUGGAGAAUUAACUGAAAUUAUUUUUACACAGGCAAAACAUGGAAGGAAUAUUUACCGAUGUGCAAGAUCCAGUAGAUGGGGCGACCGUUUGCCAAUAAUAAUUGGCGAAAAACACGACACUAAAUUCAAAUGAGAAAUAGUUCAAAUAGAUUUAAGGACAUAUUACCAUCCAAAAUUAAAGUUCGGUAGGAAUCUAAAAUAAAAACAUGAAUACAACAUAAACAAGUAAAUGCGUGUUAAGCUUAAUUUUGCAAUUUAUUGUAAGAAUGGAAUAAAUUUCGUAAAAAACAA